CUCACGUCAGAUCGUCAGAGGACGCGAACGUGCGCGCGCCCGCUGUUAACAAGAAUAUAUAUAUAUAACAUAUAUUAUAUAUAUAUAUAUGUAUAUCUGUAUGUACAUAUAGAUACAUAUAUAUAUAUGUAUAUAACACAUAUACGUGCGUUUUUCUCCGAGGAUAACGUUGUUCAUACACACGAAUAUACGUACGUACGGACGCGUAUGUACACGUAUCGGAUAUACAUCGCUUCGUACGACCACCGAGUAAAGUAGAAUCGAUCGGUUCGUCGGUUGAUUGGUUCAUUAUCGAUCAAUUGAUCAGUUCUAAACCGGUCAAGCACGAGUUCUCACCGGUCAUCGAUCAGCGUGGUGAAGUUUAUUCGACCGUUCGGCGUUUGUUGUAAAACACAUCGUUGUUGGUUUUUUUUUCCCUCCUCUGUUUUAUCAAAGAUAAAUGGUACGAUAAUAAUCGACCUUGAUAUUGUGGAGUAGUGUGCAGUUUUAUCUUGUGAAAGUCGAAAGCCGCCGAAGAGGAGAAAGGUACGACGGGAGGAUAAUCGCGAGGGUCGAUCGAACCUACGAGCCGAGGUGAACUCGACGAUCUAUUUUGUCGUCGAAUAAAACCCGCGGGUUGAAUCUGAUAAUCUGCAUCGUCGCGCGUUUGCUAAAAUUCGCGUAAUCGAACCCCAGGUGAUCGAAAUCUAAAAGCGGAUAUAUCAUGUGACGACCCGUAAACAAGACUCACGUGACCGCCGAAUCCAAGUGUUGCGAACGAGGCGUUCGAAAUCCCAAGUCAAACCUAAUAAAAUCCAUAAACGGAGUCUCCGAUCGAAUAGUCAUUUAUUCGCACGAUCGUUAUCGACUCGGUGCGAACGUCGGGAAAAAUCCAGCGGGAGCAAAAGUGCCCGGUGAAUCUUACAAAAAUUCGCAACUCGACGCUGCGUCUGAUAUCCGUAUUGCAUCAACGCUGUUAAAUUGUGCUAUUAUGUAAAUUGUUACAGUGACGCGUGUGACGCAGAGGGGCGGUAUUUUCAUCCCGCCGUGCUCGAAAUAAGACGAGAAUAACCGAAAAGCCCGAAAAAAACCAAAGACGAACUGUGUAGCUGGAUUAUCCCGGGCCAUAAAAAUAUCGAGAGUGUACAGGUGAUCCGAAUGUACACCUCGUCGACGCGUGUAGUCGACUACAUCAACGCGUCCGUCGAGACUCUCGUCUCUUCUCUCAAUUCAACUCGCACCUAUUUCGUUUCUCAUCUAUACUCUUCGUAUUUUCUCUCUUCUACUUCUACUUCUCCUUCUCUCGCGUCUUUAUCUUCGUCUCAUUCGACGGGUACAAUUUUUUUACCGUCGUAUUACACGGUUAUUGCUUUCAAAUUACUCCGGCACAUCAUUAUUCCGACACCAGCUACGUGCCGUUCGUCGAUAGGAAGAUAAAUUGAAAUAAAUAAUUAAGCGGAUGAAUAAAAUUCCACAACACGCAGUCGCAUUAAUGAUACGUGUCCCGAUACAACGGAUAUCCAGAGGUCAGACGUACCGGCCGGAAUAACGCACGUGAAAUGAACUCGCCUGUAUCGGAUUCGAAAACUUCGAAAGCUCGUCGAACGCCGCAGUUUGGCUGAUUUCUGAGAUAACUGAAAAAAUACACUCGAUUCUUCAAUUUGGAAUCGACGAUAUUGAAGUUGACAAAGGGGGUGGCAAUCGAUAUCGUUCUCAUCGUCCAUACGUCACGUGGACCGUACGCUGACGGGAUUCGAAAGAUAAUCGGUGACAUCGUCGAAGCGGCCGAGGGGACGAGGGGAGGAAUACGGAAGAAAAGUCGCAGGAGAAAGAAGAAGGCAAAGGGGAAACGCUCGGUGCAGCGUUGUGCGAGUUGUUUGUAUUUCUAACCGUGUGCAUCAGUAGCGUGGCGAAGGGUUUUCCUGGCCCUUUUGACCGCGCGCCGGUUAAGCCGUCAAAAUUCGGGUUAAGAACAGAGAACCGUUACCAUCGUACGCGAUGGAGAUAUCGGACGAAUUUCAGGACAUGGGGAAUCCCGGUGGGGGCGUAGCCAUGGCCAAUAUCUCGAUGAACCAUCACCACCACACACCUGACAGUCCUAUGUCGCAUCAGGAAGAGGACUUGUCGGAUCCGGAUCUUCAGGAUGAGGAGAGCGGCGAGGAGUUGCCCCAGCAACCUCUUCAAGGCAACGGUCACACGUCGGCGUCGACAACGCCGAUACCGAGAAACGCUCCGACGCCGUUGACGCAUCUUAACAGCCUAAUGAAUUCGCAUCACCCGCACUUUUUGGCGAAAUUGAAAAUGGACGUGAGUAUUUCCCCAGAGAGUAUAAUUCCUUCGUCAUCGGCUCCGAGCUAUUCGGACGAGAGGGUGUCGUCCCUGCUGACGGGCGAAAGAUCGACGAAUAUCGGUACGCGUAACGGUAGUACGAUUAAUCAAAUUAACGCAUCGUUGUCGCGACAACAGCAACAACAACUCCAACACCAGGAUAUGGACGUCCUGUCGAACAAAAGCGGCCUGGAGGCGCUCCAAGCCGCCAUGGGAAGCGGCGGAUUCAAUUUACCCUUUUCCUUUCCGCCACCCGCCGCGUUUCUCGCGCCUCCGCAUCAUUCGCAAGGACAAAAUUUCACCACCGGCGGUAGCAACAACGCCGUCACCUCGUCGGCGAGUUCACACUCCAGCGAGUCGUCGCAAGGAAGCGGAAGAAACGGCGGCGAGUCGAGGUGCAGAACGGAGGACGGACAUUCGCAAAAUAACAUCGGUGGCAAUCAUCAGCAACAAACCAGUUGGAGCUUCGAGGAGCAGUUCAAACAGGUGCGUCAGUUGUACGAGAUCAACGAUGACCCGAAACGCAAGGAAUUUUUGGACGACCUGUUCAGCUACAUGCAAAAACGUGGAACACCGAUCAAUCGGUUACCAAUAAUGGCCAAAUCAGUUCUCGAUCUAUACGAAUUGUACAACCUGGUCAUCGCCAGGGGUGGGCUCGUUGACGUGAUAAACAAAAAAUUGUGGCAGGAAAUCAUCAAAGGACUCCAUCUUCCUUCGAGUAUCACAUCGGCAGCUUUCACGUUGCGCACGCAGUACAUGAAAUACCUCUACCCCUACGAGUGCGAGAAGAGGAGGCUCUCGACGCCGGCUGAACUGCAGGCGGCAAUCGACGGUAACAGACGGGAAGGUCGGAGGAGCAGUUACGGCGCUUACGGGGGUGGCGGUGGCGCCGGCGAUUCGAUGGUCCGCGGCAGUCCUCACACCCCGAGUUCGCUUUCGUUGCACGCCCAAAUGUCACCCCUCUCGCUCGUGACGGCUGUCGCUGCCGGUGGACAACAUCACGGACAACAAUCGCUGGUCAACGGAAGCGCCGCGCAUACGCCGGUAUCGCAUCAUCCGCAUCAUCCGCAACAUCCGCAAGGUUUGCCGCUUGGACAACCCCUGAAUUCUGGCCCGAUACCGGGACUCGCACCUUCGGAAUUCGAGGCCCGUAUGGUCGAGUACGUUAAACUUUUGAACAAGGAACUCAGGAGUGCCGGAGCAGGGACGCCACCCCCGAUGAUCCAUCGGCAGGGUAGCGCCUCGCCACCUUCUUCUACUUCGCCUCGGGACGCCGCCCUGAACGCCCUUGAAAUGUCUCGAUUAACCCUUUGGAACAUGUACAACAACAACACACUUUAUCCCGGCGUAGGACAUCAGCCACCCCUCUCGCCGCAACCCCCGCAUUCUCCUGCUCCUCCGACUAGCAGUCCGGAACCGCAAAGAGAAGCUCUCGACUUGGGUCUCAGGUCUUCGCCAAUGUCGUCACCCCCGGCGAGAAAUAGCCCCCCCUCCUCCGGUGGAGGUGUACAAGUGAAAAGAGAACAGGACAUCGGGGGAAUGACGGUAGGCCCUCCGCCAGCGAAGAGGCUACUCUCCGACGACGACAACAAUUCAGAUCCCAAAGGAGCUUCCUCGGGAUUGUCCGGUGCUCACAUAAAGAUCUCCAACAGAGGGGAUGGAAGAAACGGUGAAAAUUCGCUGGUCGUCAGCAUGGAACUUAACGGAGUAAUGUAUCAAGGGGUUCUAUUUGCGCAGACCGAAAGUACAACACAUGGAACGACGACAAAUAACAAUACGAAAACAUCGCGCGGUGUCGUAUCGUGAAUUAAUUUCUCCAUCAAGUCAUACAUUAUAUUAAAUUUAUAUAGAUUAUAUACGCCUUUAUAAAUACGUGUGCAUUACGCAUAUCAGUACCGAAGCGCGUUGAUACGACAUACUAUGUAUAUAGAUAUCGACGUAUAACGCAUGAGUUCACGUAUACAUAUAUACGUAUAUGUAUGUCAUAUGUGCACCGAACGUACAUCUCGGUAUGUAUUUGGAAGGAAAACAAAAAAUCUGAAAAACUUUUUCUCAGCGUGUGCGUUAUAGCCCGCAUAUACAUGUUGUAUAAUUUACGUUGACAUCGUCGGCGAGAUCCGAUUGGGAAACCACGUUUCGAUAUUAAUUGUAUUUAAUUCAGUCAUAGGCGAAAAAAUAUGCUUCGCACAUCACGUUGAUAUUGACGACGAUAUUAUUAAAUUUCUAUUCCUGUGGCCCACGGUAGAGUCGUAUAUUUCAUAUAACACGCCGGCAAUAUUUUCAAUCGUAUAUUUGCGGGAGAAGACGAGUUGGUUGGUUUGAAGUUUGAAGGUUUUUUCUUAUCUUUCCAUCUAAUUUUUAUUCCGCAUAUCCUAUGAACAGGACGUGAUACUGACGGACAACAUUUGAACGUUGUUCGAUUAGUUAAUCGGAAAUAAGUUUACUCAAUAGGCAACAAACCCCUUCACGAACCCUCCUCCCUUCUGGUCGGAUGUAAUGUCGGCUCUAUUUUCGGUUGAAUUUCCGUUUUUAAGAAUAAGCGCAUUAUCUGUGAAUCGUGACGUAUAUAACGUAUGAAUGUUUGUAUGUAUGUACUCGUGUAGGAUGUGUAUGAAUGUAUCUAUGAUCCGUGUGCAAUGAAAAAAAAGUUUUGUUUUAUUUUAUUUCAUUUUAUUUUAUUUUAUUUUUUCUUCCUUACUUAAGUUGAUUCUCCUGUAAAAUUUCGCAUAUAUAUGUGCACAGGGCGCGCGUCAUUCGGCGUUUGGUGUAUUCAAAAAAUGAAUCCCAACGUAAUAAUUAAACAAAAUACAAAAGAGGAAAAAAUAUGUCGUACGUAACAUUCACGAGGGUAUAUCUGGUUUCGAGUUUGCUUUUUUAUCGGUCGAAGACCCGCUCCGUCUGGACAAGGAUCGAAAAGUAUUGUCGGCCAUUCGUCUACGUCCCGUAUAAUAAUGAUAAUGAUGACGAUUUUAUUUUCAGAAAUACGAAAAACAGUAAAAAAAAUCGGUCGUCACGAAUAUAUGCAUACAUACGUAAUGUGUAUAUAACGUAGAUUAUCAGAUUUCGUUUUUCGUUUCUUUUCUUUUUUUAAUUCUUUUUUCCUUCCUAUUUUAACCACCAACGAGUAUAAACCGCUGAAUCGAAAAUUCUUUAAUUUAUUUAUUACUAACAUUUUAUUAGAAAAGCAACAGGAGAAAAAAAGGCAAAACCAAUUAAUUAACAGACGAAUGAAUAAAUGUAAACGUUUUUUUUUCUUUAUGCGCGGUGAUACGAUGGGAAUCUAUUAUACCGCGUGUCGUAGUUUCUGAGUCAUUUGACAAAUAAUCUUUUUACUUGAAAAGAAAAAAACAAAAACAAAAAGAAGCAUAAUUGUAGUACCUAUUGUAUGUUUUUAUUUUUCACUUCUCAUUAAUUCAUCCCAUCCACCCACGCAACGCCAUUUCCUCGGAGACUUUUGGAAGUCAGCAUUAACUAUAUAUUAUUACCUGCAUUUUUUUUCUUUUAAGUUAUAUAUUAUUAACGAGGCCUAUCGCCACCACACGUGUCCUUUCGAACACAACCACAUACUUUAUCUGUACAUAUAAUCGAGUUAUUAUACAAUUAUAUUAUUACGUCAAUUGGUAUUGAUAAUAAGUUGGAAACGAAUCUCGAAUUACGGUUUCAUCAAACAUAGAUCGCACAUCAGGCUACAAAAUUUCACCGUCUUUUGAUUCGGAAAAAAGCUAACUGAUACAAGACUUUUAACUGUUUUUAAUUUCACUCCACGGUUUUUCUAAUCACCGGUCAAUCUCGAUCGAUGUCUCCGCAAACUAAAGGUUUUCUUUCCUUUUUCUUUUUUUUUUUUACGUGUAUUCUAUUUUUACUUUUCGAUUUUUCCAAUCCUACCUUCUGCGAUGCCUUUCAUCGAUAAUUUCUAAUCGCCCACUUCCAAAAAUAUCCUUUGCGUACAUUGAAAAAUCUGCGCCAUUCGACAUUAACGUUAUUUGAAUUGUAAAUUUUGAAAAACGAGAGAAAAAAAACCUAUAGCGACUAGUUAUUAUACAUACCUGCUAUAUGUAAUAAGAUAAAAAAAGAAUCUUAAAACAAUGUGCUUAGAAUUUUAUGCAAUAAUUGUUAAAGCAAACAUUAAAACAUCUCUAUAGUCAUAGUUCAUAGGGAAUAUACUUAUUAAUUAUUACAAUAGUGUAUAAGAAAUGGUAAGAAACUUAGCGAACUAACGUUAGAAAACGAAAUAAACAAAAAAGGAAGAAAAAAAAAUCGUAAUUACAAUAAAUGAUAAGAAAUUAGAUGAAAAAUAAGGAGACGAAGGAAAACAGAAUCACUUGGAACGGUUAAAGAUUGAAGGGGCAAAUGGAAGAUAUAGAAAUGAUUUUCUCGAUUUAUUAGAUGAAAAAAUAUUUUAUUGUUUAUAGUUUGAAGAUUAGCCAAAAAGACUGUUACAUAAGAUGAAUAUUAAUUACUUUAGGUAUUAAUUACGUGGUAAUCAUAGUUAUUAUUAUUAUUAAUUAUUAUUAUUUCAUCAUUAUUUUUAUUAUUAUUAUUAAUUAUACUAUUAUUGAUAGUUAUCGAUUAUCCGAACGUGGAAGAGAUUUUGCUCCUGAUGAAAGAACGUUGCAAUAAGCUGCAAGUUCGGCAACGAACUGCAGACUAUAAAUAUAGUAAAUAUAAAUAUUGUCGCAGAUUCUUGACGCCAACACCUGCGAGCGAUCAUUUCUAAUAAUAAGGAUGUAUUGUUACGUGACCGGUAAUUCCGGUGUACAGAUAUCAAGAACUGUAAUAAACUCCGACAAAACCCCAAGCGAUAUUAUAAAAAUAAAUGUAUCACCGAAUAAAAUCAUAUUAUAUUGGGUAGGGAGACAAGAAAACAAGAAAUUAUAUGUUGAGAAUGCGACGAUUUUUAAUUUUUAUUGUUAAAAUUGAUAAUAUCGAAACGUAUACAAAGGACUAAAACAAAUACGUGCUGGAUUUAUCAGAAAAUUCUAUGAAUUCGAUCGUUUUUACUAAAUGUGAUUUGGCGAUUUAGAUGGUAGGUACGGGAAUGGAUUCACUGGUAGAAAUCUGAACCCCGUGUAGAAUGUUAAACGAGUAUUAGUAUUCACAAUUCUAGAAAACCAUUAUUCAAUCAUUUGAACACCACCGUCAACAUUAAUAUUAAUAUUCCUACUAUGCUACUACUAUCACUAUCUACUAUUACUACCACUACUGCUGCUACGCUACUACUAUAACAGCAUCGAUACUGCGUAAAGCAUGUCGUGCAUACCUAGAUUUAUAAUAUCAUGGUAUAUUAUAUAAACGUUGUAUAUAUCUAUGAUCAUUGAUGAAGAAAAAAAAACACAAAAAAAAACAAAAAAAACUGAUGACAUUUUAAACUAUGUAGUUUCAUUAAGAAUCAGCUUAGUUGUAUGUAAUUCUAUGUAAACGUGCCCCACGAUCAUAAAUAAAAUCGACAUUACUUUUAA